AUGGACCAGAGCCAGAACAACCAACUCCCUCGGCCAACGCCGCUGCCGUCGCAGCAGGAGCCGUCUUCGUCGCCGUCGCAGCACAGCCAGCAGCAGCAGCAGCAACAACAACAGCAGCAGCAAGCGGAUGCCACGCCCCAAGACGUCCUCGCCGAGGCGCGCAAGAACCUGCAGGUCCUGAUCGAUUCCGGCCUGUCCAAGGACCUCCUUCACAAAUGGGUCGACGACAGCCAGUCGCUACAGCUCUCGUUUCCAGCAGCGAACCCGUCCUUCGUUUCAUCAUCACAACCGCAAACACAGCCGUCACAAUCGUUACUUGCUCCUCAGCAUCCACCGCCGCCGCCGCCGCCUCAGUGCCCGCCACCGCCUCCGCCCACGCAUGUCCCGUCGGCCUCGACAACGGGCCCCACGUCCAUGGUCGCCGUCACCGGGCCUCUGCCGUCCACGACCACGCAGGCGCCCACGUCGGCCCCGUCCAAGCCCGAUGCGCUGGCCGACGAUUGCUCCGGCCCAUGGUCCUCGUCUUCGACGCUGACGUCCAACGCGCCGGGCGACCGCCCCCUGCCGAACUCGGUGGCCGACGUCGAUGCGUCGAUUUUCAUGCCGCCCUCGGCGCCGUUUACCCACGCGCACCGACCUCGCAUAUCCAUCUCCUCGGUGAGCUCGGGCUCGUCGGGCCACGCCUCCAUAUGGUCCACCAACUCGGCGCAGUCUUCCUUUUCCUGGCACUCGGGCACGACGGGCGGCAGGUCGAUGGCGCCCCUGCCGAUGCCCCCGCCAAGCGCUGGCGUCCCGAUGCUCAACGGCACGCACGUUGCCGCCACCGCCACCAGUCCCAACCGCCAAAACAUUUACUGGUGCACCUCGUGCGAGACGAGCUUCAAGCGCAAGUACGAUUGGAAGCGCCACGAGGACGAGUUCCACGAGCGCUGGCGCAAGUACCCGUGCCCGGAGCCCGGCUGCAACCGCAGCUUCUGGGGCUCCAACUCGUUCAACCAGCACCACAAGCAGUGCCACGGCUGCAAGACGUGCCCCCAUGCCGAAAAGGUGGUCAAGUUCCUGCGCAAGCGCAAGUACUGGGCCUGCGGCUUCUGCUCCGCCCUGCACCCCGCCCGCGAGCGCCACGUCGAGCACGUCGCCCGCCACUUCGAGUCGGGUCUCACCAAGGGCGACUGGAUGCACUCCAGGGUCGUCUACGGCCUGCUGCACCAGCCCCUGAUCCACGAGGCCUGGGACGCCCUGGUCAACAGCAAGCUGGCCGAGUACCAGGGCCGCCGCCCGCAGUUCAGCUGGCACCCGAGCAGGACCGGCCGCGCCCAGGGCUUCUUGGAGAAGGAGAACAACGGACAGCUCCAGGAUCUCCUCGAGUUCUUUUCGGGCGACGAGGGCGAGGCCCGGUGGAUCGUCAAGUCAGCGUUUGAGCUGGCCGACAUCGUCGCCGUGCCGCCCACGCCAUCCCCGCAGUUUUCAACCAGCAUGCCUCCUCCGCCGCCGCAGCAUUUCCCUCCGCAGCAGCACGAUCCGCACAUGUCCUUCCAGCCGCUGCCUACGCAGGCGCACCAGUCGAUGCUGCCGUCGACGAGCCCCAACGGCCAGCAGAGCCCGUACACGUCUCCGUUUCGAAGCACAAUGUUUGUGCCGUCCCAGCCGUUCUCGACGGCGUCGCGGCCGUCGCCCGAAUCGAGUUCGCAUUCGCCCCUGGCAUCGUCUCAGUCCCCCUUGGCCGCCUCACACUCACCCCUGGAGCAGCGCGAGCUGCCGCAGCUGCCUGCUUCGUCAAAUCCGGCGCCCGCCGGCGCCGGCGACUCCAUGAUGGACUUUGAGUACUCUCCGGCCCCCGUUGUCUUUGAAGAUUGGGAAAGCCUUGCCGGCGCCGUGGCGAUCAGCGCCAACACCACACCCCAACCGCAAGGGAAUACUACCCAAGGAGACUGGGGCACGAUGCAAUACUUUGGAGACCCUCGCGUUACGUCUUGA